GUUGGUGGGUCAGGGGUGGAGAGAUCUGACAUGUAGCAAUACCCCAGCAUAAUGUGUAUGCCCACUCUCGCAGACAGAGAGCAAGUAUGGAAGAUUUAGCGACAAAAACCACAUGUAGAGGAGUAAAUGGACAGUCCAAAACAGACGAAUCACCCCCUGCUGCUCACAGUGUUGACUCAUGCUGCGGAUCCUGGCUGAAAGGCAUUAAGCUCUGGGUACCUGUGGACUACAAGAAUGAAAUCGUUCAGUUUUUAAAACUGGCAGGACCUGUGUUUAUUUCACAGUUGAUGAGCUUCCUGAUCGGCUUCGUCAGCAUGGCGUUCUGCGGUCACCUGGGGAAAACAGAGCUGGCAGGGGUGGCAUUAGCAAUAGCGGUAAUAAAUGUCACAGGUAUUUCCAUUGGCUUUGGUUUGGCAUCUGCCUGUGACACUCUCAUAUCUCAGACUUAUGGGAGUGGUAACCUAAAGCGUGUAGGAGUUAUACUCCAAAGGGGAGUUCUGGUUCUUCUCUUAGCCUGUUUCCCCUGCUGGGCCGUCCUCAUUAACACUCAGCCCAUUCUGCUGGCUGUCAGACAGAGCCCAGAGGUUGCUAGACUCUCCCAGCUGUAUGUGAAGAUCUUUAUGCCGGCUCUGCCAGCUGCCUUCAUGUACCAGCUGCAGGGGAGGUAUCUUCAGAAUCAGGGCAUCAUGUGGCCUCAGGUGAUAUCUGGAGCCAUCGGCAAUGUUUUAAAUGCAAUAAUUAACUACAUAUUCCUCAAUCUUCUGAAUCUCGGUGUUGCUGGAUCUGCAGCUGCCAAUGCCAUAUCACAGUAUUCCCUGGCUGUGUUCUUGUUUGUGUACAUCUGCUCCAGGGGUCUGCACAAAGCUACAUGGGGCGGUUGGUCAGGAGACUGCCUGCAGGAGUGGGGUCCUUUCCUCAAACUGGCCAUCCCCAGCAUGCUGAUGCAUUGUCUGGAGUGGUGGCUGUAUGAGAUCGCCGGGUUCCUGGCAGGCAUCAUCAGUGAGGUCGAGUUGGGAGCUCAGUCUAUAGUCUAUGAACUGACUGCUGUUGUUUACAUGUUUCCAAUGGGUUUCUCUGUCAUUGCCAGUGUGCGGGUAGGAAACGCUCUUGGUGCUGGGAACACAGAGCAAGCCAAGCUAUCCAGCAAGGUCUCCCUCAUAUGUGCAUCUACAGUCUCCUGCAUCAUUGGAGCUUGUCUUGGUGUGUCUAGGGAUGUAAUUGGUUACAUUUUUACCAUAGAGAGAGACAUUAUUCAGAGGGUAGCUGAUGUCAUGAAGCUGUACUGUUUCGUCCAUGUUGCCGAGACCUAUGCGGGUGUGAUACAAGGCAUUGUCAGGGGGGCAGGGAAGCAAAAGAUUGGUGCCAUGUGUAACUUGGUGGGUUUCUACCUCAUUGGGUUGCCGAUUGGAGUGUCUUUGAUGUUCCCAGUCAAAAUGGGCAUUGUGGGGAUGUGGGCAGGGUUUUUAAUUAGCGUUUUGAUACAGUCUGUAUUUUUUACACUUUUCCUGUGUAAACUAAACUGGAAGAAAGCCACUGAAGAGGCGAUGGUAAGAGCAGGAGUUAACAUUACAGAGAAGAACAACAUCUUUGGGAUAGAAAACAAGGCCCUGGACUCUGAUGAGAAACAGCCCCACAUAAAGACCAGUCGAUGUAGUUCUCUGAGUCUGGUAGAGGGGAAGCUGGAAGCACUCGGUGCAGGUCAGCAGACUUCAGAUGACGUGGCUCUGUCAGUCAGGCAGCUGGUGAUACGAUGUGGCGUCACUGUGCUGCUCAUGUUCGUCAUCCUCGCUGCUGGAGUCUUCAUCAGUGAGCUGCUCACCCAACUGCUCGAAAUAGAUGAGUGACCAUUAUUGGACCACAUGUGUGCAGCACAAAAAACAAAGCUCUGUCAGUGUGCCUCUGAGAGUCCAGAUGUAUCGCCAUCUUUGAAGCAUGUCACAUAGACAAAAUACAUACUCACGCAAUAAACAGACAACUAUAGAGAAGAAGCUUCCAUCGUAUAAUAUUGGCCCCCUGAUUUGUAAUGACAAAUUUCCAUUGCAUACUGCACGUUUAUGAACUUUAAGGCCAUUUAUUGUGCACUGAUGAUGGGGAAAAUAUUAGAAUGAAUUUUAAUUACUGAGUAUUAAAAUGUUCUGUUUUUGGAUUAUUA